GAAGGUGGCUGUACGAAAAAGCAAAGCAGUCUGUUUGUGACAUGUCCAGCAGUGGCAACAGGGCUGAUAAGGAUGAUGACAAGGUGGACCUGUGUGGACGGGGGAGCUGGUGGCUGGGUACACUGAAAGAUACUCCCAUUCCAGGGGUCUAUCACAUCCGAGACUUCAUCGAGGAAGCUGAACUGAACCCUGUAAGGAAGACCUAUAGCUUUAAAGGUUUGGGUAGAAGAAAGGCCCAUUCCCUGGGUGUACAAAAGGGUGAUCUGCUGCUGCCUGGAGCCUAUGACUACACUGAUUCUAUCCAGGAGGUCCUGAUGCGCCAGGCGUCCUACUCUUUCAAAAACUGCCCUCGGCCUGACAUUGUCACACUGGGAGUCAGAGAUAAGCACAUCAACACUUCACCGUGCGACUACAAUUUGACAGCAAAACCAGUGGAGAAGGUUCCCUGCAAGCAUGUGAUGUUUCGGUCGACUGUGCAGCGGAUCAGCUUUCCUCCUAGAGAAGGCCCAGCUCCAGGCCACUACAGCCCACAGACCAGACCAGCUAAAGGUAUCACCUCCAGCUUCAAAUCCACGUUGCCCCGGCUCCACCCAGUACACUCAAAGACACCCGGACCAGGGGCCUACGAACCUUCAUGGAAGAUGUUCCGACAUGGAGGUCACGGUCCGGUCUUUUAGCCUGUUUUCCCACAACAUUUCACAGUAAUCCCAGGACAUUUCUUAGUCAGUUCUACAUACAGCCCCCAUCCCUCAUGACCCUGCUGUAUUUUUAAAAUAACAGUAAA